AUGCUCAUACGCCUUUUCGAUCCAUUCAGAUCCCCGCGACCUGCUUUGCGCCAGCGUUCGCCCAUAAACGCCCGCCCAGUUGCUGUACCUGCACCACCCGAGCCCAUUGUCGACCCGCUGCAACCGGUGAAGAACUGGAGCCACCCGUUCAAGGACAAAAACCACCCGCUCUUGCAGUUAACCCAGUUGGCAAAGGCCGAAGCUGGCUACUACCCAUUGGGCCGAAAUGGUCAGUUUCACGGCGGGGUGCAUUUCGACGGUGGUACCGCCGGGGUGCUGGAUCAAUCCAGCGUGCACUGCCUGGCAGACGGCGAAGUGGUGGCUUACCGCUUCGAAGCACACUCGCCGACGACCACCUUUAUCAACAACGAACAGUGCGUGGUCAAACCGUUUUCACGCAAUUUCGUACUGGUCCGCCAUCGUCUUCAGCCGCCGAAAAUCCAAGGCAGCACGGACACGCCCCCCAUCCUGAUUUUCUACAGCCUGUACAUGCAUUUGCAGGACUGGACGGUUUAUCAGGCGGAUUCAACUAUCGUCCGACCAGCCUUCUGGCCUGAGGGCGCCACUCGGCAUGUCAAAGACUCGGUUAACGACUUGCGUGCCGGAGAACGCGGUCUGAAUGUUCGCAAUCAAGCUCAUCGGGGCAAGUCCAUCGCUCUUUUGCCAAAGGGCGCGCAGGUGACGGUCAGCGGUGACGGUGAUUACCGCAGGCUGGAGAACACCCCGGGUCCAGAUGCUCUGCAAGAUGAUGAAGGCUUUCUGCGCGGCUAUCUCUCCAUUAACCAUCUGGCGCCGAUCUACGGUGGUCAAUUCCGGGUCAACACUGAGGGGACACUUAACGUUCGUGCCGAGGCGAGUAUCCACAGCGACGUGAUCGCGGAACUGCCUCCAGGCACGGAAGUGACUGUCAGCGGCGAAGGCGAAUUCCGCAAACUGAACCACAUUAAUCAAUACGUCCACUUCGAAUCGCUGCAAGGUGCUUGUGAGCCCGAGGCUCAUGACCGGAUCGUUGUGCCCGAUCAACCCAUCGCCAUCAAAGCCGGUGACCUGAUCGGUCAUAUGGGCCUUUACCAGGAUUGCUACGUCGACCAACCGGAAAAGAAACUGCACCUGGAAGUCAUCAGUGGCGAAGGCGUAGACGAGUUCAUCGCCGCCAGCCGUGCCUGGGCCGGGCGCCUUCCCUCCAGCGAAAACACCUGGUUGAAGCUCGCCAAAGGCACGCCGGUAAUACCGCAUAAAGCGCACUACGGUCCUAACCGAUACCCUGUCUUGGAGACAGCAACGCCGGUGAGCAGUGUCGACUUGCUACUGCCCAAAAGCGUUCUCGACGGCCUGCCGGCCGAAUACAAAAUCGACGUACCCACCAGCGAUUUCGGGCGGACCUUCAAGUACUACCGCCUCGACGGCUUGCUCAACGACGCCGACAACAACGUGCUCGACGGCUGGGUGCGUGAAGAAGUGGGGGUUACGUCGUGGGUCAGUCCCUGGGCCUGGGAAGGCUACGACAUCAUCUUUAGCUACGACUCGCCGCUGAGCGCAAUUGCCUCGUUCUACCGUGACCUCAAUCGUCUCAGCGAAGCACAACUUGAACGGUUUGGCGGCGAGGCGGAUGAGGGCGACAAGGGGCGGGUCAAGAGCCGGCUCUAUAACCUGCUUUACCGCAACCGCGAUGGAAAGAUAACGGCUGAUGAGUUGCAAGCGGCGAUCAACUUGCCGGCCCAUGCGCAAACAAUCUCGCAGCUGAUUGUUCACAGUGAAAGCGAAUGGCACCGCCCGCAACGGUGGGACAUUUUGGAUGAGAUUCUUGGGCACAGUGGUUCGACGCCGCAUUUGAAUUGGCUGGCGGAGAAGGAGCGGAUCAAGGAGUUGAGCUGCAGUCAACCCUUGCAGGAACAGGUCGAUGUCUUCUGGGGGAUCGUUGUGGGCGUGCCGACUUUUGGUUGGUGUCUGUUGGUUUUCGGGCGUUUUUUGCUGUAUUUCGAUCAAAAGCAUGCAGCCAAUGGUUGGGAUCAGGCUAGGGACCAGGAUUUGGCUGAGCGAAAACGCCGUGGCCGACGCUCGCAGCAGGUAUUGAGUGUGAGUUUGCAUACUGCUCUGGGGGACCCGAAGGUCCAGUUGGACGAGCUGCUUGGUGGGAGCCAAAGGCCAACGGCCCUGCCGUCCAGAAUGGCGCCGGCAUUGUUGUGCAAAAGUUGCUUGUCGGCCGAUACGCCAGACCCUGAACAAGCGCUGUUAAAGGUGAUGGGGCGGGUGCUCGAUGAUUUAUUGCCCGCUCUUACGAAACUCCCAAACGACACGCCACUGGGCUUAUUGUUGGAAAUCGAUAGUGGUUUUCCGGAGGCCCAGUGGCGCCGAGUAUGGGGGCAGGCCUGGAGUGAGGCAGGGAUUCGUCAGCCGGUUGUUUCGGUUGAUAGCAGCGGGUUGUUUGCAGUGGAUCAAUGGCUCGACCAGCGUAUCUCCGAUAAGGCGCUGUUGUUGGUUGUGGCAAUCCAAUUUGCCCUGGCCCAGCCACAAGGCGCGAGUGAGGUUGCCGUCGGGAUCCUGUUGGGUAACCGGCUGACGCAAACCACUCUGUCGCCAAUGGCUUAUCUGCAUCGCCCUGAGCAGGAGCAUGGACCGACCUUGGAGGCGCUGCGUUAUGCCGUUUUCCAAGCACUCGACUGGGUGCCACUGCCCGGGCGCUUCAUCGAGCAUGUUUGGCGAGUGGGCGUGGGGAAACAGCGUAACGCUGCGCUGACAGCGGUGCUGAAUGAGGUCGCGAUGCCAAUGCCACAGAGCCAGGGACUUCAUGAUCUAGAUACCUUGCUGGGGUGCACAGGCAAGGCAUCACCCUGGCUGGCGAUCGCUGCCGCAACGCAAACUUUUCAACGCGGUGCCGGACCGCAAUUCAUUUUCAGCGGAAGUAGCGGUGUUGACUCGCUGCUCUGGGGCACGGCGUUGACGCCUGUGCCGACGCUUUCUCAG